AUGAACUUCACGACGAUGGUCGCACGUACGGGUCCGUUUAGAACCGCAAAUCUUCUGAUACGAAUUCAAGGGGGGGCUCUUGUCAAACAAGUAGUACGUCGCACUAUAAGGACUCUAACAUCCACACGUGACCCUGAAGGAUCCUGUUCGAGAAGAUCACAAUGUCCAUGGGGGAAGGGUUCUUUCCAGCAACGUGAUCUACAUAUGCGUGAUCUGUGGCAGAAAAUAUUUCGUAUCCCAAAAUCCCCGUUAAAACACUGUCGAAUUGAAGUCGCCACACAAAAACAUGCAGAAGAUAUCGAAAAGUUUAUGUUAUCAGAAUUUGGGAUGAAUGAGCCGAUCACACAAUCGUUAAAACCUACAACAUCCGACUUAUGCAAUUUUUUCCAUGAUUUAUCCGAAUAUGGAUACUCAAAUGAAAAGUAUUCUACGGUGGUGUACAGUCAGGACAGACUUAUGGCUAUAUGUUUAUGUUCUGUCGCCAACUUGAGAGAAAGUGUUGGUCCAAUUGAACCAGAAAUUGAUGCUGAACACCACGAUUUUGCAGAAGAAAUUUGCAAAGGACCUUAUAAGCAGCAUAAAGCGAACCAGAUAAUCACUUAUAUAACCGCUUUAGAGCGUAGACAAUGGCGUUUACUUGGAGACAGCGCUAAAGUCUUCAAAAUGAACAUAAUGUGCGUUUUAAAGGAAUUUAACGGUCGUGGAAUAGGUAAGGAAUUAACUCGACGAGCGAUAGAUAUGGCAAAAUCAGAGGGAUGUGAAUGGGUGGCGACAGUGGCGACAGCAAGUGCAUCUCAAGCAAUCUUCUUUCAACUCGGUUUCAAGGUGUUAUAUGAAAUUCCUUAUUGCAUUUUCCGGGAAAAUGGAAAAGUAGUUUUUCGAAAUCUACACGACGGUUGUGACAGUGGCAAAUUUAUGGCUUUACGGAUUAAGUGA